UGAAAGAGUUAAUCAGACAAGUGGAUGCGUGUUGCUCUUCCCUGUUUGCCAGUCUUGUUCCAGAGGUGUGACAGCGCUUUACAGUUGAUAACUGGGAUGAAUGCUGAAAUUUGAGAGAAAAUGUUAUAAUAUCAUCGUGCUGGCGCGAUGUAGGGACCCUGUACGCGUUUUGCAUUAAGGGGAGGAUGUGAUCUGCAAGAUGUGACUGAGGAGAGCCGCAGAUGAAUAUUAAUUGGCAUCGCAGGGCUCAGCAGUAAAUUGAGAAGCCGCACAGUGGCUCCCCCUGCAGGCCAUUGGGAUACUGUAGCAUUGCACUGAAUGACAUGCCUCACGUGACUCAAACUACAAGAAGCUGAGGGUUAAUUGGGAGCUAAAGACUUCACAAGACUUCCUCAAAUCCAUUCUAUGGAGGUCAAAGGUCACCUGAUCACUGCCAUGGGCUUAGGGGCUCCAGACGUUCAGGGCUGUCAGGACAGCAAGCUGCAAGCAGAGCGAAUCUCAGAGCUGCAGGAGCGAAAGCAGAGUCUGCAGAGCCUUUUGAACAGUCGUCUCGGAGAGCUGCGACAAGUGUGUCUUCUGGAGGCGGAGCUCACAGGGAAGCUUCCACAGGAUUUUCCUUUAGAAGAAGGGGAAAGACCUCCCUUUGUUCAGCGCCGAGCUGGCCUGGCCCCUCAUGUUACCUCAAAAGGAGAGGAUGACCCAGGUCAGCGACGGCAGAUGAAGGCUCUCUUCAGUGGUGCCCUGCGCCGGAGCAUCGACUCUGAUAAAAAUGCAUUGCACAGUAAGAGGACUGUUCAUCGGGGAUGCCACACAGAGGAAACUGUGAAGUCAGAGAGCAGUUCAAUGUCAGACUCAACAUCACAUGACAAUGAGGAUUCGUCUCCCAGUGUGGCACCUGAGCAUCGCUCCUUGUCUCACCCCCGGCUGGCCCCAGGCAGUCCUGACAGUAGGCUCUGUAGGAAGCUGUCACCUGUGGAGAUCUACUACGAGAUGAGGACUCGCCGCAACUCAGCCUCAAGCUCUGUGAGCCCGAGUCACUCACUCCCAAGAAGUGCAUCCAAUGUGGAGGGCAGAAGUGUUCCAGCCACACCGCUGUUGUCCCGCACUGCACCAAUCAGCGUUCAUGUGAGGCCGGAGAUGUCUGGUGAUAUUGCACUGAAGCAGUGGUGUGGCAGUCCAGAUGUUCCUCAGUUUGUCCCAUUGGCAUCUUUGGAGGGCUCCUCUUCUGAGCGCCGCAGCUGCCCCUACAGCUCCCGUGCCCGUCGUAGCAACAGCUCAGAGGCAUUACUUGACCGCUCGAGUCUCCCUGAACCCGGUCCCCCUCGCAACGGCAUGCCACCCCGAGCUGGACCAUACAAGAGCUCAGAGUCCCUCACGGACGGGAAGCUCCGUCAGUUCUAUCAAGGCAGCCCAGAGAGACAGAUGAUGGGAUUUAAAGACCAGGGUCGAAUGCGCUCCUCUCUCGGUGGCCAAAGCAGUGGCACAGGUUACAAUGAGAUUCUGAUGGACUACAUUUGGGGCAAACAGCAAAAGAGGCCCGCCCAGGCUCAACAAAACCAGUCAGCAGGACGCAUCUGGCCCGACUUCUCCACUCCUCCAUCAGGCACCCCUCCGCACUACAACGGUUUCUCCCAUUCGCAGAUACAUCUGGCUGCCGCCCCACCUUCCUAUAGCCCCAUGCUGCUGCGGGGUCAAGAGGCCGAACCCCGUCGGGUCAAAGUGACACGAACAAAAUCCUGUGGACCCUUCAUCCCUUUACAGCAGCACCCACAGGACGCUGUGUUGUUCUCGGCGUACGAUCCGUCACAUCCCUCUGCUGGAUCCACCACUUCUUCUAUUCCCAACCUGCUCCCUCACCACACAGAGCUGUCCACUGCUGCAGCAUUUGGCCGCAGAGCGCCUCAGUUCUCUCUGCCCACUCCUGAGGACUCUACCCGCAGUCUGCACAAGGCACUGGCUCUGGAGGGACUCCGGGACUGGUAUCUGAGGAACGCCUUAGGUUAUUCCACUACAGCCAAAGGUCACGACGGACUCGCCAUGCGCCACUCACAUACUCACCAUCUUGUGCACCAGCCUCAGUCUGUAACAGCCGACCCACUGUACUCUGUGCACCGUCAAAUACCUCAGUCAGCUUCAUUUCAUGGGCAUCCCUUGCAUGCCAGGUCCGUGGAGCUCUCUCUCUACCCAGAGCCUUUCCCCUUAGAGGGGAGCACUCAGAAAGAGUCCGGCUCUGAGCCCCCUUCACCUGGAACACUGGUCUGACCGGCAGCUUACACACACCAAGGCCUCCAAUGCAACAUGUUGCAAUAUUUGAUACAAAAAGACACCUUGUUUUAGGGAUGCAUUCAUCCAAUUGCUCAAAAUUUAAAAAAAAAAAACACUGAAAGAAUGCAUCCUUUGUAGCAUAAAUGCUGCCACACAAACAAUGACAGCAGGACAAAAUAGUAUUUGAUUGGAGAAAUAUAUAAUUUUACUAUGCUUUCAAAUUUCAGCAUUAUUUAAAAGUACAAUUAUCAUACUGCAUAUUGUUGCAUCCUUACAUUGUUCAGCAAAUAAGGAGGCACCUGUAACAGCACAGAACUGAAAUCGAGCGAUCAGUGUGUUGGCUGUCAUAGAUCUAGAGCAGCGCUUGAUUGUAAACUGGUGUUUACAAGGAGCUUUUUUCCUCCUCCAUAAUCUGUGUGUGUGUAUUAUUGGGAUGUUAUUGUAAUGUAUUUACAUUUUCAAAACAAAAUAUAAAGUUAAUCAUAUCAUCUCCACUUCAUCCUGAGAUAUAUAUAUAUAUAUAUAUAUUUUCAGAGAAUAAAAUAGAUUAUAAAAUGUAUGUAUUCUAAAUUACUAUUUUGUAACUAAUAUGUUUCAGGUUAACAGUCAUUUAAUUAUAUACAAGUCUACUCAGAGUUUAAUGAACUCAUGUGUUUUAAUGUACUAUAACAGCAGUGAAUGUGUCGCAUACCUGUUUGUUUAUAUCUAUAUAUCUAAAUAUCUAUAUGUAGCUAUGAAGAGUAUGCUAAAAAGCAUUUCAUAUAGAGGACCUUGAAGUGAGGAUGAGCUUUCACUUGGAGGGCUUAUGUUCCCUGAAGUCUUAGACAUGCAAACAAGCUUAUGCCUGAACUCCGAAAUGAACUUUGAAGCUCUAAUGCAGCGAUUUAUACAAUUUAGCCUGCAGUCAUCAAAUCCACAAUUUCAAAGGACUUGAAAAGGACUGCUGACCUAAAAUAUUGAGAUCUUGAAUUCUGAAAUGCUAGUCUUGAGGCCUGUUCACGCUAAGUCAAAAAAGGUGCAUGAGAAGAUUUUAAAAAGAAAAAAUACAUCCCUAUGAAAUCCUUCAUACAGAGUCAGAUAUAAAUUUAUGAUUAUUCAUGUUUUUUUAUUAUUAUUGUUUUUAGUUUAAUUUUGGGAUGCCAAAUAGUUCAAGUUUAACAGUUUUGAGAAAAUUGGCAUCAGACUCUGUGUGAAUAGUUUUGGUGCAAAAAUUGUUUGCAAAUAUGUUAUAUUUUCAUGUUUAGUCGCAUCCGACUUGGUAACCCCUUUAAUAGAUAUUCUUGAAUAUUUGACAAAUCUUAAGUGAGCAUCUACUGUAGUUUACAUGUUGAGUAGUUGCAUAAGCUGGUCUUAUGUUACCACUCUUUGGGAGCGAAAUACCUUAUAAUUGUCUUAACCAGUCAGUAGGUUAUUCUGUUUACCUAGUAGUUUAGUAACUUUUGUUACAGUUCCUGACUUGAUGAUUUAGUUUUUCUUUGAACUAGGUUCUUCCUGAAAUGCAACAUAAUUAAUUCUUAUUAUUACCAGUUACCAGGUUGUGAUGAUUAUCUUCGAAAUCAGUACAAUUUGCUGUGCACUGUAUUAAAUACAAGACUAUAGGGUAAUUUUUGCCCCUGUUAAGCCUACAAAUUAUUGCUAAAACUGCAGAACAUAGGACGUAUGAUGGUUUAAGUUUCAAAUGACGAUGGUUUAUUUAAUGUUUGGUUGAUUAGACUUGAGGAGUUCAUGCUACUCCUCAGCUUGCGGGUUUGUGAGGUGCCUCCAGCUGGAAUCUGAAAGUCAUGACCAAACAGCUGUGCAUUGCUAGUCUCUUUUAGUGUAUUUUGGUGACAUAAAUGUCUGUACUGUAAUUAAUUAUAAAUAAUGAAAAAUACCUAUAUGUAGCAACUUGAAUAAACAAUAUAUAUUGUAUAUUUAUGAACUGAUCCGAUUUUGUAUACAUAUUUAUUUGCGUAGUACAUGGCUCUGGUUUGUUUACACCAGCGAAUAGCACUCUUGUUGGCCUCUUUAUGAAUGACACCUUGUUUUGGCCUUAAAUUGUGCUAUUGUUGCAGCUUUUAGGAUCAUAAAUACAUUGCUUGAUUUUUUUAAAAUACACUUUUUCCGUUGUUUUGUUUUGAUAUACAUUUUUCAUAUUAGCCAUAUUCAGUUGGGACAAAAAAAAAAAAUUAUAAUAAAGAC